GGGAGUGAAUUUUUAACUACCUCCCCACUAAGCCAGCUCAGGGGCAGGGCCCAGAGGGAAAGAGGCAGAUUCGGGGAGUGCAGUAGGGAGGAGCUUCUCAGCGCCACCAGAGCCCUGGUCCCAGAGCCAACUGCGAGGAGGAGGACAGAAGAGGCAGGUGCCCAGGUCCUGCUUGGAGCAGUGAGGCAGUGAGAUGGCAGACUGCUACACGGAUCUGGAGAAGGCAGUGGUGGUGCUGGUGGAGAACUUCUACAAAUAUGUGUCCAAACACAGCCUGGUCAAGAACAAGAUCAGCAAGAGCAGUUUCCGGAAGAUGCUCAAGAAUGAACUGAACCACAUGUUGACGAUCCUCUGGUCCCGUGGAGGGCCCCACUCCCAUUUCCCAUGCCAGAUCUCAGGGCUGUGUGUGAGGUCCCACAGUCUGGCUGACCCCCGCUUCUGCCGCCAGGACACGGGGAACCGGAAGGCGGCGGACAAGCUCAUCCAGAACCUGGACGCUAACCAUGAUGGGCGCAUCAGCUUUGACGAGUACUGGACCAUGAUCGGCGGCAUCAUGGCGCCCAUCGCCAACCUCAUCCGGCAGCAGGAGCAGCAGUGCAACAGCUAGGCAUCUGCCUUGCCUCCCCAGCCAGGCUUCUGUCCUCCUCCCUCCAGAACCCCUGACCCUGGCUGCAUGGGGUGUGGGGGUGUUGGGGCCCCUCUGUGAGCAUUGGUCUGGAGGGCUUCCCUGAGGGUCUCAGUCCCUGGAGCCAGCAGACCCAUGGGCCCCCACUAGGCUAUGUUUUGUGCCCCCCUAACCUGUGCAGCCUCUGCACCCCACCCAACAGAAGCCCUGCCUGAUUCUGGUCUCACCUGACCCCUGACCCCGAGGUCAGCUCACUGCUUCUGGUCUCCGGGUUCCUGGGCAGCAGAGACCCACCCUGGGCCCCUCUGCUGGGGGGAGAAGACUUACAUGGAUGCCCCUCUUGCUGCCUCUGGGUCUGGGCUGAGCUCAGGGAGGCUGAGUCCCCUUCCUCUUGCUCAGCCAAACGAGAGCAAUAAAGAUGGCAUUGGAGUCUG